UCCUUUCCUUCCUGGAUUAGACGAUUUUACAGAAGGCAUAUUUCAGCGUGAAUUGCAAUAAUAAUGGCUAAAUUGCAUUCAAUGUCUUCUCUGAUCAAGUGAAGAAAAAGACCUCCUAAUUUUCCAUAUCAUAUAAAUCAAGAGAGAUUCACUGCGCCCUCGAGAACGAUCUUCGGGAGACUGAAAGCGAAAUUUAAGAUCGCUCCGCGAGCGCCAGCGUCACGUGAUUGUGAUCUCCGUUGAGCUUCAGCGAUCACCAAAUCCACGACCAAUCUCAGUCGCGACAGCUUCACCGGUGCUCUUGGACGCCAUCGCGCCGCGGGAUCUCGCCUGGGAGUGUCAAGAGAGAGAGAGAGAGUCCAGAGAAUGCCAGACAGUGCCGUGACCAUGUGCAAGAUCCCAGAACUCGAGGCCGAGGGUCCGGUUCUCUUCUACCACUCGCAGAGCUUCUAUUCCCAGAAAGUGCUUCUCGUGCUCCACGAAAAGAACAUCAGCUUCCUCGCGUACGAGGUCAAUGUGGCGGCCGGCGAGCAGUAUUCACCAUGGUUCCUCGACCUCAAUCCCAAGGGUGAAGUGCCUGUGCUGAAGAUCGGCUCGCUAGUUGUGCCGGAAUCGGCGCAGAUCAUCAACUACGUGGAGAGAAACUUCCAGCAUGAGCCUCAUCGGCGUCUCCUGCCGCGGGAUUUGUCGCCAGAGCAGGAGAAGAAGAUCCUGCGACUGAGCAAUCUGAUCAGCAAACUCCCCAUCGGCACCAUCAGCAUGGGCAGUUUCAUCCACGUGGACUUCUCGCCGCAUCCCAAGCCGCCAUUCAUUGCGCCCGUCAGGAGAUCCCUCGUCACCUCAGAUCGCGUGAUGAGUGAGAAUUUGAAGAGACAUGCCAAAGACAAUCCUAUCUACGCCGACGUGCUCCUACGCAAGUCCGACUUCUACGCCCGGAAGCGCGACAAUAUCUGCAAGCGGGAAGACUAUGUGAAGCUGCUGGAGCGACUGGAGGAGAUUCUGGCUGAAGUUGAGGCGGAAUUGCGCUCCCAUCCGGAUUGGUGGCUCUGCUCACCGCACUUCACCAUUGCCGACUGCUGUCUCGGCAUUCUCCUGUACAGACUCUAUUCCCUCGGCCUGGAGGAUCACCUGUGGACAGGCGGCAGGAAGCCACACACGGAGAGAUACCUGCAGCGCCUGUACGCCCGUGAAUCCUUCCUCAGUGCCAUUCCGUCGCGCAUCUCCACGCUGAGGACCAUGUGGAACAAGACGCCGGCCAACUACAAGCUGGGCGUGGGACUCCUGAGCGCCUCCUCGGUCAUUGCGGCCCUCCUGGCCAUGCGGAAGUAAUCACAGCGCGUGCCCACUUACAAUCGCUUUAUUCCUAAAUUCCUGUACAGUGAACAUGAGUCAAGUGUAACAAAAGGAUAACACAACAUUCCAAGGAGAAAAUAAAUUAAAAAGAAAUCGCAGGAAGAACAUGAGAGAGACUCGAUGUUGGUCAAUGUUGAGGAUUAGCCAUUGAAAAAUGCACUUGGAAUCUCUUGAGCGGAGACUUGAAAUGCAUUUCUCAUGGUCACUCCAAGCGCGUUGGAUGACUGUCUGAGAACUACAUUCUUUCCAGAGAAAAAGGC